AUGGACUUGAACAAGUACAAUUCUCAGUGGGUCGAGUUCCACAUUCGGGACCAUAUCAAAGAUGGCGAGAUCCUGGUGCAGAACACUGUCAUUGAAGGUGGCGAGUUCAUCGACCCCAAUAACCGUCGCAAGUCGCUCACAGAAGAGGAGAUUGAUGAGAUCAAGAUCUCCUCCGACGGCGUUGGUGAGAUCAAAGCUGGCAGCCGUCGCGGUAGCGAGGGCCGCCUGGACUUAUUUCAUGACAAUGACAAGAUUUGCGAGCUUCACUGGGAAAACCGUGGCGGAGACUACGUCAACUUGGUUGAGGUCUUGGACAAGAGCGACAAGUACACCAUCCGGCACGGAGGAUGGAGCACUGAGUCCGGACCCCUGGGACAUGUCUUUGUCGAUGUCAUGGAGAAGAAGGAAUAA